AUGCGCGACUCGCCCGGCGGAAGCCACAGCAACGGGCGCGAUGACCCCGAUGCCGAGGAUGGCACUUCGGACAUCUUCGUCGAGCUGCCACGGGCCGACCUGCCGGCCGGCCCGCCGUCUGCCCCCUCGGACGUGGGGUUCCUCCCGCUCGAGCCGCGUCUGGCUCCGCCAGAGCUGUACCUUGUGCACCCGGACAGCAAGGUGGACUAUCUGCCGAUCGUCACUUCGGACGAGCGCCUCCGGCGCAUUGUCCACGAGUCUUUCAUCCUCUCGGGUGUCGCUCGUGCUGGGCGGAUGCGGCCGGCCAGCGCCGAGUCGGCCGAGUCGGCGGAUGGCAGCGCUCCGGCCGAUCCCUCUUCCGGGGCCAUUUCCCCGAAGCAAACCACCCAGCAGCAGCAGCAGCAGCAGCAGCAGCAGCAGCAACAACAACAGCAAGCUGCUCAGCAGCACACCACCCCGAUGGCCGAGAUGUCCCAGCUCCUGAGUCACACCUUCAAUGAGCUGGCCAUUGUGCGCGACAUCCUGGACCAUGCGCAGGACAUGAGCCACCACUUUGCCGGCGGGCUUCCCGGGGCGGGGGCGGGCCCGGUCCUGCCGGCCCCGCUGCUGAGCCUCCUGCCGAUCGAUUUCACGGCGGCCUCGCGGCCGCGCCCCUCGCAGCAGCUGAGCUCCCUGCUGGGCGGACUGGGCCAGCGGCGGGAGGCCUUCACCCGGUGCUCGGACCGGCUGAAGGAGGAGGCGGCGCGAAUGCGCGCGCAGCACCACGCCUCUCGGCGCUUCGAGGCCGACGUCCUGUCCCUCCGCCGGCGGUGGGUGGUUGAGACCCAGCCCCAGCCCCGGGGCGGGGCUCCGGGCUUCCGGCCCUGGACCGUGGACUUCUCCUACCGGCCGCGGUCGGUGGCUCCCCAUGCGCCGGGCGACGUGCCGGCCUUCCAGUCGCCGGGCUUGGCGGAGCUGGUCCCCGGCCAGCCGACCGAGGCCCCGCUGGCACAAAACAGCGUCCCCCGGCUGUCCCUGGCAUAUGGGCCCCGGCGGGCGGUCUUCCCGCUGGACACCCUGCCCCCGCAGCUGUUCAGCUACUUGUGCCGGCGCCGGCGGGAGCUCCGCCGGUCGCUGGCCGCCCCGCCGGCUGACGAGUAUGUCCCGCGGUACUUCCGUCCCUCGAAGGCCCUCCGCCUGCCGGGGCCGGCCGGGGCCGAUGCCGCCAGCCCGGCCGAUGUGCCCAUGCACGAUGCCGAUGACGGCCCCGGGGUGGUGUACUUCGCCGCGCCGAAGCCCCGGUUCUCGCCCACCGUGCCGGCCUUCAUCGUCAGCGAUCCGGCAUGCGCGGCCCUGCCGGACUGGGUUCUCCAGGCGAUCGUCACCACGGCCCCGCUCUUCCAGCUGGAUCUCUACAUUGCCAACACCUCGCCGACGCCGCUGUUCGACGUCAAUGGCAGCAGCUACGGCCAGGGGAAGCAUCUGUUCUCGCUGAGUGAUGGUCUCACCCACCCGGCGCAUCUGUUCCUGCUGGCGGCUCAGCGGGAGCUCUUCGAGAGCGAGCUCUUCCGCUCGAUCUCGCGCGAGGCCACCAGCAGCCGGGCGUACGGGGUUGUGCAGCACCGGACCGACCCGGGGCCGGGUGAUGCCACGGAUGCCGGGACCGGCCCUGGCGGGUCGGCUGGCGGCCCCAAUGCCCCGGGCGGCCUGCCCGGGCCCGGCAGCCCCGGCGGUGGGCCUAAUGCCCCCGGUGGUCCCCAGUCGGCGGUCGACAUGCAAUUGGACUCCUUCCACCGGUUUGGCAUCCGCUAUGGCCGGAAUACCACCCCGUUGGAGGAUGCCCAACAGGCCGAGGCCGAUGAGGCUCCGCUCCCGGGCCCGGACGCGGAUGCCUUUAUUUGCUCCUCGGCCGCGCACCACCUGCGUCGGUGUGCCCUGCGGGGGUUGCUCUCCCGCCGGCGGGACACCAUCUCCGCCACCACCUGCAUCCCCGGUCUGGCAACCAGUCAGCCGGCCUUCGCACAGCUUUCCCUCUCGGCGGCGACGGCGGCGGCGGCCGCUGGCGGCGCCUCCUCCGGUCCGGAGCUCCUAGAUGAGACAUACGGGCUUCUGCGGCACUACAUCACGAACAAGGCCUUUGCCGAGGCGACGGACGCCAUCGCCCGGGCCGUGCGCCAUCGGAACCGCGCCCGCAUGCGCGCCUACCAGGCUGCCCUCCUGGCGGCCAGUGCUCGCCUCGGGGCCGAGCUCGCGCCUGGCGAGGAGCUCCCCGCGCUGGAUGCCUUCGUGGCCGAGCGUCCUCCCAUGCCGGACACCUUCUCGGCCAAUCUGGAGCCACUCUCGUCGGCGGUCUACGUCGGCACGGCCACCUUCAACCACUCCACCAUCAGCUUCAACGCCCGGCGGGGGUAUAUCCGCGCGCAGCUGCCCGACGGCCGGAGCACGCGCGUCGGGGAACGCGACUUGCUGCAGUUCCUGGCCAGCUCCUUUGGCCUCGAGGGCUGGGUCGACCCGCUGUAGCGGCGCCCCUCGGGCGCAUUCGCACAUGCCCCGCCCCUCCGCCCCUCCCCCC